UUCAUUCAGCUACCAGUCCUGAGACCCGGAAUCUGAGACAUUCAAACCCAUCUUGGGUGAGGACUCUGUUAGACAGAGCAGGAGUUGUUGAUUCUGCCAGUGCAAGUUGGCAGAUAAUUUGAGCGGAUCAACAAAGGAGCCAGUGAGCUCGGGCAUUUCCGGGAUCGGACGGAAAAACACGAAUUGGACUUGGGCCAGGUAGUGAGCAUCCAUCCUCCAGCACAGGCAGGGAGAGAGCGCAGGCUCUUCACAGCUGCCACUCGCUGCUCACGGUCUUCCGCAGCUCCAGCUUCCCCACGUCCAGAGCCAGAGCGGCCAGCAGUCCUCCCCAGUCCCAAGAUGAGAACUUUCCGGCUGCUGGCUGUGACUGUCAGCCUCCUGAUUUUGACAGAUGUCUUUUGUGAAGAGGUUUCCCGGAAUGAAGGCGUGUCUGUAUGGGACUAUAGCGACCACGGCCAGGACAAACGACUGCAGCCGGAUUCGUUUCGGGAGCUCCUGAAGCGUGUGGCCAGGAAACCACAAUACAAGCAGUUCUUUGGCUUAAUGGGCAGGCGGUCAUACGAAUACAAGCCACUGAUUCGCAAAAGACAUAAGUUGGGGAGUUUUGUUGGACUUAUGGGAAAACGCUCUUCAUCUGCUGAUUCCUCUUCUGAGUGGAAAACAGCACAAGACCUUGUCCAAAGACGUUAAUAACAAUAAUAAAGAAUUAUAUUGAAUGCUAUUUAUUUUAAUUUGCUAGCACAAGUGUCUAUAAUAUUAUAUACCCACUUGUAUCAGUUGAUUGUUGAAAAAAUAGUUGUUAUGACUUCCCCCAAUAGAAGUUAUUCUAUUUUAUUGCUAUUUUAGCAAAAUAUAAAGUGUAGUGAACAUUGAGGCAGUGCCACAUAUUAUUCAAAAACAUAAUAAACAGAUUUUGAUAACACUCGACUGUGUCAGUUGUAAUUGGAAAUAAUGUUCUCAAUUGAUGUACUGCUAUUUUGUAUGCUCUGUAAUAAAAUAUCUAUUAUUCACUAUUUGAUUUUCAUUAGUUAUGAACAGAGAA